AUGGUUAGCGUAUGGAUAUACAAAGAACAUUCUAAACACUUUAAAGUGAGAUGGUAUGAUGGAAUUGAACAUUGCAGUGACACCGUCGAGCCAAACAUUAACGUUGAAACCAAAUCACCCGUCACACCAAUAGGCCCCAGCAACACGUUUCAAAUUUGGCAAGAGAAACACAGGAGAAGAAAGGAGCACCUUGCUACAAUGUGUCAACGACAUCCAGAACUCAACAACAUCAGUAUUCAAUAUGCGAAUAUUUUUGUCGAUGAUACUUAUAAAAUCUUGUACUGUCCAGUACCGAAGGUUGCCAACUCUAACUGGCGAAGAGUGCUGCUUGUACUGCGGGGAACUUUUACAAAUGUGACAGAAAUUGGUAAAGGUCGUGUAUAUGAAUUCGAAUACCCUGCCCUGAAUAAUUUCACAAAAACAGAAAAGCAACUGCGCUUGAGCACGUAUACUAAAUUCAUGUUUUCUAGACACCCAUUGUCCAGACUGCUUUCAGCGUAUAGUGACAAAUUAAGAGACACAACAAAAAGAGGGUUUUUGAGAAGUUACACUGUUCGGAUAAAUGAGGCGAAUAAAACAAAUUACACAAUUGGUGGAUUUUGCUUUGAGGAAUUUGUUAACUAUGUAUUGCAGACUGAGUCUAACAGAUUUGAUAGGCACUGGGCUUUGAUGGGCCGACUCUGCGCUCCUUGUGCAAUGAAUUAUGACUUCUUAGGACAAUAUGAAACGUUAAACGAAGACGUUAAUGGUAUAUUAAAAACAAUCAAUGCCAGUGAAGUUGUAGACUUUUCUUCGUAUGUUCCACAUAAAACAAAUAGCUCGUCCGUUGACAUUCUAAAAGAGAACUACGGUCAUAUUACAAAACAGCAAAUAGAAGGACUGUAUAAAAAAUACGAAAUGGAUUUUCGUUUAUUUGAUUAUAACACCGUGGAGUACCUUAAAAUGUCAAAAUCGUAA